AUUACGGAUGAUUUAAUUAUAGUCUGUGAUUAAAGAAACGAAAUGAUCCUGAAAUUACUGGUUCGAAGAGGAUGUUGUUUUCGACAUAGACGCAUGUACUUUUGCGGUAGCAAACUCCGAAAUAAUGCUUCAAAUGUCAAGAACAAUAUCAUUCUUAUGGGAAGUCCCGGAUGUGGUAAAACAACCGUCGGUAGGGUUUUAUCGGCAGCAUUAGGACGACCAGUUCUCGAUAUAGAUGACGAUCACCUAGAAACUCACUGGGGAAUGUCGGUUGCUCAAAAGCUAGAUGAAGUUGGUUCAGACCGGUUUGUUGAAGCAGAAGGACAAGCUCUCUCAGCGUUCCAUACAGAAAAUCACGUGGUGUCUCUAACAGGUUCAAAUCCGAUGCAUGAUGCUGGAAUGUCGCACAUUGCAAGCACAGGUACCGUGGUGUUUCUAGAUGUACAUAUGACAGAUAUUUUAGAGAGGCUAGAGCGGAUGAAGGUAAAUAGGAUUGUGGGUCAAAAUGACGGAACCAGUAUGGCGGAUAUACUUCAAUAUAGGCAACAAUUUUACGAGAAAUGGUACGAUACCAGGGUAAUAUGUGAAAGAAAUGAAAGCCCUGAGAGUAUUGCGGGGAAGGUUUUAUCACAAGUUCAAAACAUAGAAGCGAAGCAUGGGUACGUCUCAACACGGGGUUUACACAUGGGAGAUAAAGGCUUCAAUGAAGUGCUUCUACAAGGUUUAGCUUCGGAUGGUGGAUUGAUUGUUCCUCGAGAUGAAACUCCAAAGAUGUCCAUCGGUCAGUUAAGUCGAUUAGUUGAUCUCACGUAUCCGCAAAGAGCUAUCCGAAUUCUAGAGAAAUGGAUGGAUUUCAGAGAUCUACAUCCUCGGACUUUAAGAACUGCUGUAAAUAAUGCAUACAAUCUAGAAACGUUUCAGGAUGCCAAUAUUUGUCCUGUGCGUCACCUGGACAGGGGUCAAUACGUGCAGGAACUAUUUCACGGACCAACAGCCUCGUUUAAAGAUGUCGCACUUCAGUUGAUGCCACAGUUGUUUAUGAACGCUGUCGCGGAGGAAUCUAAAAGCAAGUACUUGAUUUUAGUAGCUACAUCCGGUGAUACUGGCGGAGCGGUUCUCGAUGGUUUCUCAAGGCAUGCUGGAAACUUCUCAGCAAACAUUGGCGUGUUGGUUUUGUACCCGCUUGAGGGCAUCAGUGAUAUACAGCGAGAACAGAUGAUUUCUUACAAUAGCCACCUCGCGAGGGUCGUGGGAGUUUCCGGAAGUGAUUUUGACUUCUGCCAGACCAGUGUAAAGAAAGCGUUUGGUGAUCACGAUUUGUCACAAAGACUAUUCCAAGAUCACAAUGUAAAAAUCAGUGCUGCAAACUCGAUCAGCUGGGGAAGGUUAUUGCCACAAGUAGUAUAUCACGUGACUUCUUACCUUGACCUUGUGAAGCAGAAGGUCAUUGCUAUGGGAGACGAAAUCGAUGUUUGUGUUCCAACCGGCAAUUUUGGAAACAUUCUUGCGGCCUAUUAUGCAAAGGAAAUGGGAAUACCUAUCAAGAAACUCAUUUGCGCGUCCAAUGAUAACAAUGUGGUUGCUGAUUUUAUCAGGUCUGGAUGUUACGACAUUUCCAACAGACGACUGUUGCAGACGAUUUCUCCCGCCAUAGAUAUUUUAGUGUCUUCUAACCUUGAACGCUUGCUGUAUAGCAUUUCUGGUAGAGAUGCUAGCUUUAUAAAUAGUGCCUUCACACAACUACGAGACAGACGAAAGUUUGACGUCCCUGCUCAAGUGCUUGAGAACAUACAAGGUCUGUUUCACGCAGAUUGGUGUACCGAAGAGGAGUGUGGGAAGGCGAUGAGGGACACACUUAAAAACAAUGGUUAUCUUAUGGAUCCCCACACCAGUAUCGCAAAAGUCGUAGCUGACCGAUUUAAACAGGAAAGACCCAUGGUUAUAGCGUCCACCGCACAUCCGGGCAAGUUUGCUCAUGACGUAUUGAAAAUAACUGGGAACGCAACAAACAAAAUGGCGACGACAGAAAUGCUUCAUGCGUUAGAUAAUAUAUGCCCUAAACCUGGUGUACAUAAAUCUUUACUUAAAACUUUGGAGAAAGAUUGCGUGGGAGAAAAAAGUGUGUGCGAUGCUAAUUAUCAAUCCAUUGUAAGCCAGAUCGAAAAUAUUGCUAGAAAUAUAUAAAACACUGUGUGUUCAUUUAUUACCUUAGCACUGGAGUUCAUGAAAGUAUAUUAGAAUUAAAAUGUCAAGAAAGUG